AUGUUUUUCACAUCGAACGUUUGCAACGAUCCAUUAGAGACAAAUCGAUAUGUGCGCUAUAUUGAUGAAUUUUGGUUGAGUGAUUCGUAUUGUUCAAGACAUUUUCUUGUUGGAUUGUUAUUCCAAGAGUUGCUUGCAUCGUUACGUGAGCCUCGAGACUACAGACGUCGCAGCAUUGCGUUACUCAGAAAUCUACUCGCUAAGCAUGCGGCUGAUAAGCGAUACUCAAAUGCUGAAGCGCAAACUCGCAUAUCGGUUCUGUAUGCACCGUUACUUCCGUUCGUUGUCGACAAUCUUUAUGAAUUGGAAGUUACUGUGAAAGCAGUCGAUCGUUCACCACAACGUUCACCUACGCGAGAUAUUUCUCCUGCUAACACAGUCGCGGUUCGCAAGCAUCGUUCAGUGUCAUCCGAAUGGCGUAGUGCAUCGCUCACUUCAGCAUCACAGCGUCUCCCAUCGCUAGCCGGUGAAUCGCUCAAAAUACCCCAAAGCCAUCCUCCCGUAUUACCUCCACCCCCACCUCCGCCUCCUAACUCCUUACCCAAUAUGAACACGGCCAAUAUUGCUGCUCUUACUGAAAAGCUUGACAAGAACGAAUGCCGUGAUUUGAUGUUAUGUACCUUAUACGUGUUAUCGAAAAUACCUCGUGACGUUUUACGUGCUAUUUGGUUGCAAAAUGAUAGUAUUGCUCAGUGUUCUGUUCUCAGUUUCAUACGACUUUUAGAGGUCGCACUUGAAUUGUUCAAGUAUCGUGGCAAACAAGAUGCAUUCCAGCGGACUUCCAAUAAAAUUCGUGGUACACGCCGUACGAUGGUGAUAACGACAACAUCGGGCUCAACAAAUGCUUCGUGCUCAACAACCAUCGAAAGUCAUGCCUCAACGUCCAGUGGUGUUUCAUCAAUGGGCACCGGUGUCUACCUUAACAAUUCACGUUUUAUUCGCUCAUUCACGUUUUUCAUAACACUCACUAAUCAUUCACAUCCACCCGGCCUAUCAAACGCUCAGUUGCCAUCACUGAGUGUGUGUGAUGAUAAGGACGAUACAACAACGCCUUUCAGUGUACUGCAAGAGUCGAACUUGACUCAAGAAGUUGCUCUUAUUGUCUUAGAAACUUUGCAAACACUUGCUCAACAUAUUGCGGUUACUACAUCUCGAAAUAACCUUGCUCGAUUCUCAUUGGCCUGA